AUGAAGAAGUGUGGUAGUGAUCCCAAAGUUACUAAAACACUUAUUAGAAAUUACGAGCAAAAACCUUUAUCGAAAGUGAAAGAAGCGGCAUAUGAAACACAGGCAACGUCAUCCAGUGUUUUACAUAAAAAGAGUACACAAAAGGGCCGAUCUUCUAAUAAUAAUAAUGUACUGAGUUGCCCAAGUUUAUGUUCAAGUGAAGUAUUAGCUAAUUAUUUAUCAGAUGUUACCAAAAAUCUUUCUCCGCCACCUGUGGAUAUGGACCUGGAUGUUGAUAAAGCGUUACUAAAUACGAAAAUGACUAGGAUGUUAAAUUUUCAUUUUAAUGAUAGAAUGUAUAAAAAUUUGGUGGAAUUGAAUGCUAAUGGCGAUGUUCAAAAAAGAAUAAAGGAUAAACGACCUAAUAAAUUUGCCAUUAAAAAAGAUCUGGAACCCCAUAUUGAAGACUUCAUUAAUGAUGAAAAGGAUGAAGAUUUAAUUCCUACAAUUCCUGUCCCAAUUACUAAAUUUAAACCUGUUAAAAAGGUGGAAAAUGGAAAAUUACACAAAUUAAUAUCUUCAUUUGAAAAGUUAUGA